UCUGAGCACUUACGUACCGAUACCACUUUGCUCAGAACAAAACACUAUCAAUUUCUUACACCUUUAGUACACACAGAAAAUUUUGCUGUAAAAUGAAGCAAGAUUUUGAGAAUUUAGUUUUCUUGGAUCAAUGCGAGGCAGUGCUGCUGGUUGAACAGCUAACGUCACCUGAUACUAAUGUUAGUCUUACUGCUGCACGGACAAUAAAAAAUAUUGUUAUUGGAAACAAGGCAAAGAAGAAAGGUUUUAUUGAACUUGACAUUGCAGCAAGGCUUGUCGAACUGUUACAGAAAGUAGACACAAGUAUUGAGCUUGCUGUAGAGGCAGUUAUUAUCUUAGGAACUCUAGCUAGAGUUGACGAUGAAACGACACAAGUUCUUCUUUGCCAACCUAUAAUUCCUUUGUUUUUGCAAGGGUUGAGAAACUCCAAUAGAUUUCUUGCUGAAGCAUGUGUUCGAUCAUUAAGAAUAUUCUAUACUUCCGAUCAAACAUCUCCAGAUGUUAUAUACGAGGAUCCUUCUAACAUCACCUGUUUAAUCCAGCUGUUAUAUGGUACUCACUUUGAUGCUGAAUGUUCUGCUCACAUAUUGGCUCGUUGUCUCCAGAACUCCAGUCAUCAAAGAUUGCUUGCAAGAAGUGGAUUGGUUGAAGCCUUGGUUCCCCUGGUAGGUAGUGGUUAUCCAAAACUUCAGUUGCCAGCACUACAAUGUUAUGCAGCAUUAUCAUUGGAAAACGAAGUUAUCGCUGACAUGAUGAAAACAGCUACAUUUAAGAAUGCAAGUCUAAUUGAGGUGUUAAAGCAACUCUUGUCUGCUGAUAAUCCCGAUGCAAUAAGACUCUCGUCUGCUAAAUGCUUAACAAAUCUUUGCCGUGCUGGGGCUUUUCCCCUGAGCGAUCCGAUGGUACGACUAAAGGUGUUACCCUGUUUAGUCAAACUUUGCAAAAGAGAUAAGGGAGUUCAUAUCCGAGCAGAAGCGGCAGUGGUUUUGGGGUAUUUAAUCGAGGAGGAUACAAGUCUUCAACAGACUGCUGCUAUAGCUGAUCAUCUUAUUUCUACAUUGGCAAGCUAUCUUUGGAAGAAUGAUAUAAAUGAUGAAGACUAUGCAAGAAUGAGAGAGGCUUCCCUAAAGGCAUUUGCUUCCCUUGGAGCUAGUGAUGAAGACAUACGAAAGAGGAUUAUUCAUACAGAAUCCACAAUGGAGCAUGUGGUUUCCGGUAUCGAAGACCCUCGAACAUCAGUUCAGCUUGCAGCAGUAAAAUGUCUUCAUAGCUUAUCAAGAUCUGUUCAACAACUGCGGACUACAUUUCAGGACAAUGCCGUUUGGAAACCAUUGAUGAACCUUCUACAACAAUCAUCAAAUGAAGUUCUCAAAGUUGCAUCUUCGGCAGUUUGUAAUCUCCUUCUCGAAUUCUCUCCCAGUAAAGAGUCAAUUCUUGAAGCAGGAGCAGUAAAGCUUCUUGCCAAUCUUACAAAGCAUGAUGACGAAGCUUUGCGAUUAAAUGGUGUUUGGGGAUUAAUGAAUAUGGCAUAUAAAUCAGAUGAGAAUGUGAAAAGUCAAAUUUUGGAGGAACUAGGAACAAUAGAACUGUUCCGUUUGAUAGAAGACAGAAACACUCAAGUUGUCAUGAAAACAUUGGGAUUGAUGAGAAAUUUGCUUUCUGGGAGUAAUAAUAUUGACCAAAUCAUGGCUAUCCAUGGUCGAGACAUCGUAUGUUGCAUACAACCCAUAAUUGAUGAGAAUAGUUCUCAAAUAUGGGAGGUGAAAGAACAGGUGCUGUGCAUUAUUGGUAACAUUGCAAACGGACAGUCAUCAAAAGAUCACAUAAUGUCAGACGAAGCUUUGAAGAAGUUAAAAUAUUAUAUUGGUCAGGACAAUGUUAAGUUAAAGAUGGCUGCUAUAUAUUGUAUAUCAAACCUUGCUUGGAGUUCAGAGGAAGGUGCACAAGAAAGACAAACCAUUUUGACAAAUAGAAUACGUAGAUUGUUGCAAGAACUGUUAGCAACUUCUGAUACAUUAUUAUCCGAUAGGGUGAAAACAGCACUUCAACAGUUCACAUAAAACAAAUAUAAUCAUAUUUAAGAGCAU